AUGUCUGUUUCUCUGGAUAGAACCGUUUUUACAGAAAUUUCUCGACUCCACCUCACUAUUGAGGAAAAGACCGCCCUGCGGUCGUUUUUCAGCAAUUGCAACGAUAAAAGGGAGGUAGCGCAAGAAGUGCUUAAAGAUUGCCCUACGGACGACGAGAAAGUCGCUUAUCUCAAGACUUUCUUGACUCCCG